GAAGAAGGAACUCAGUGUCAAGUUGAUCAGCAAGAUGCAGAAACGCAGUCUGACAUCAGCAAUGAGGAUUUCGCGCAGAUGAAAGAUCGCCUGGGAAUACUGAAUGCCGAAAAUCAGGAACUCCGUCAUAAACUAGAGAAUUUGCAAUCUGUGGUGGAUGAGGUGACAAGCUUACGGAAAGAUGAAGAGCAAUGGAGAGAAAAAUGUUCCUUCCUCGAAAAUGAGAAUAGCGAGGUUCGAAAAGAGGAGAAAGAACUACUGAAGGAAAUUGAAGAGAAGAAGACAGAGCUGACCAAAUUGAAAGCGCAAAAUGAGUCCUUGACCAGUGAGGUGGAUCGCCUUCGCGCGCAAGCGAAUGAUUUUGAAAAAAUGCGCAUGAGGAACCACGACUUGGAACAACUGCAGUCGGAAAAUGAACGAUUGUUGGUAGAGCAUAAAGUUCAAAUCGCUGAGCUGAGGUCUUGCGUCGCAUCGUAUGAGCAGACGAUAAAAUCGCUGAGGGACUCUGAACAGGAGAUGAAGAAACGAAUUGAUGAGAAGCUUGCUGAAGCCGAGAAGUUGGACGACGAAUGUCGGACAUUACGGAAUGUAGGCGAUAAGCUUAGCGAAGAAAGUGUGUUUGCCACUCUACUCAACAAUGAACUGAAACUAAAACUGGCGCAAGCUUAUAAUGAGAUAGAUGAGCUCAAAGCUACAAUAGACAAAGAGAGAGAUGCACGAAAAGCAGAAGUGCAAUCAAUUUGCAGUGUAGCUGAAAUUAACAAAAAGGUAAGAUGA